UAACUAUGAGUUUGACUAUAUAAACUGUGACAGGCCUGAGCAAAGACAUCAAUCAGAAGUUAGCUUCAGAGUCACCACAACCCAAACCAGCAAAAUGAUGAAAUUCUUCGCCGUUGUCCUUUGCGCCCUGUUCGCCGCCGUUACCGCCACUCCUGGCCUCUUGGCCUACAACGCCCCCUUGGCCUACUCCACGCCCCUGGCUUACAGUGCCGCCCCUGUUGCCUACACCGCCGGCUACGCUCCCUAUGUGGCUCCCUAUGCCAGCAGCUACAGUGCCCACAGUGUGGCGCACAGCGCCGCCUAUCCUGCCGUCUAUGCCGCUGCCCCCGUUGCCCCCGUCGCAGCUGUCCUGAAGAAGUAAGGAGCGAGGAGCAUAUCCUGCCAAGAUGCCGCAUGUGUGUCCCAGUCACAGAUUCAGAUACACGACCCGAGGCGAACGAAAAGACAAAUAAAAACGCAAUGCAUCAGGCCCACGCACUGACAAACUGAGAAAAGAAA